AUGUCAGACGCAUCUAUCAACCGCCUCAAGGCCUUACUCCAACUGGGAGAGCAGACAUGUCAACGGUUUACUCUUUCCGAGAUUCAAAUGGCAACCAACAACUUUGACGAGACUUUAGUCAUUGGGCGUGGAGGAUUCGGCAAUGUGUAUAAGUCUCGGAUCAAGAUAGGGUUAGUAAGGGAAGUUGCAGUUAAAAGGUUGCACUCCAUGUUCACCCAAGGGGCCCAUGAAUUUGAAGCGGAAGUUAAAGUUCUUUCUAAGCUUCGACAUGGUAAUCUUGUGUCUCUGGUUGGUUAUUGCAAUGAAGGAAAUGAGAUGCUCCUUGCUUAUGAGUUCAUGCCUAAUGGGACACUUAAAGAUCAUCUUCACAAAACUGAUUCCAAAUUAUCUUGGUUACGACGACUUAAGAUAUGCAUAGGCGCCGCUCGUGGAUUAGACUAUCUUCACACACGCACAUCAACCCAAAAUGGAGUUAUACAUCGUGAUGUGAAGGCAUCCAACAUUUUUGUUGGAUGCAAACUUUGCAGCUAA